AUGGACUCUUCGUCAUUUGGCAUCAAUCUCUUGUCCCUGCCUGCCACGGUAGGGGCGUUUUUGUUGUACUAUGGAUGUCAUCGCCUGCUUCAGCUCGUUGCGUGUCGGAUCAGCCCCCAGUUCUAUACACAGCUACAAAAGGAUCAAAAGGACGUUCGAUACUUUUCUUUCAUCCUCGGAAUUGCCAUCACCUUCAUCUCGACCCCGGCGUGCACGGUGGCAUUCCUGCAAGCUACCGACCACAAUGAUGUGAGAGGGAAACCGCUACUUUCAUCGGCCGCGGCGCAAGUGUGCGUGGCCUCCCGCACGGUGCUUUGGACAUCGGAGCUCAACCGUCUCGACUACGCCAGCGGCUACGUCUAUCACCAUGUGCUUUCGUUGUUGGACCUGGCGUACCAGCUGCACGCCCGUAUGCCGAUGAGACCACACUUUGCCCUCUAUGCGUCCUUGGCGACCGAGCUGCUCUCGAACCUGGGAUGUGUGCUCGCGAUCAUGGGCCUCAAGGCGGUAAAUUCUUCGCUUGCCUACAGAGUUCAGGCAAGCAACACCGCUCUCCUGUUGUUUCUACGGAUUCCGCCCAUCAUUUACAGUGCGAUGCUCAUCCCCUCGAUCCCGGGACAAAGCUGGGAAUUUUGGCUCAACAUUGCCAGAGUCGCCAUAUACGCCAAGUUCAGCGUUGGUAUGUUUCUUUCCGAGGCGAAAAGAUUGCGGAUGAUUGAGCUUGAAAUGCGAAAGCCCGCCCACGCCAUCAUCUGUCAAAGAUACAAGCUGUAUCUGUACGGGGUGGCUGUCUGUGCCGCGGUGCUCGCAGUCGUGACCUCCACACUGGCACUUUACGCCAAUGCGUUUCCAAAUGCCUGGAAAGCCCUCAGCUCGAUGGACAUUGCCGCGACUGUGCUAUUCACCAUCUGCUGUGCACUGUUUGGAGCCCGCCUACCUGCAAUCCUGAGUGAAUAUCGAUCAUCCGGUCUUUUACGGUUCCAAAUCCUCUCAGAGGCCGGCUAUUGGCUUCAGACCGGCGUUGUCGGCGCGGUUUUUGGAGUCUUGCUCAGCGGUGCAACUUUCCGGGUCGACGCCCGUGUGCUGAUUGCAACUCUACUGAUAUCGCUGCCCUUGGGCGAGUCUAUCGGGCGAGUCGGCUGUCAGUUCGGAGGCUGCUGUGGGGGAGUGUCUCAUCAUCAAUGGAUGCACGUUCCGACUCAGUUGUUUUCGAGCACAUUGAAUCUGGCUGCGUUUGCGGGAUCGAUGCUCCUGUUUCAUUCUGAACGGAUGAGUCUCUACUCCGUGGCGACCUUGUCCGUCAGCCUUAACGCCUUGAUUCGACUCCUCGUCCAGCCACUUCGAAGAGAUUCGAAUGGCAGACUGAUCAACUGCAUGAGCUUGUUCGCCGUCGGGCAACUUGGUUGUGCAAUUUGGAUGUCGUUGACGAAAAUCGAGAAUGGACCAACAGACAUUUCCGGACAUGUUUUACUUUCGACAACUUCCGAUGCGGGUUUAUCUGUCAUUUAUUACCUUGCCCCUCUGCUAUGUGCUCUGCCGGUUAUCCUGAAAGUAUGCAGCACCGCCGCAGGUGAAGCACACCGACCUUCUGGGAUCCUUCAGGCCUGCAGUAAAGGUGAAGAUGCCCCCGACCAGCCUUCCGGGAUCCUGCAGGCCUGCAGUAAAGGCGAAGAUGCCACCGACCAGCCUUCCGGGAUCCUUCAGGCCUGCAGUAAAGGCGAAGACGCGAUAGAGCGUGUUUCGACUCUUGUGCUGCGAGGCUACGCCGUCUCUCAAGAAUCCUCUCGCCCAAGGCCACAUAGUAUGCUUUCUACCAUUGCAGAUUGA